AUGCUAGGUCUAAGAUCGUCCUUGAAGACUUCUUUGAGAAGUUUGAAUGCUCAAUCCAGAUUAAUCUCCUCUUCUGCACUUGCUUGCAAGUCGACAUACAGAACACCAGAUUUCGGAGACUAUUUGAAGGAGAACAAUGAUACAGACAAAGGUCGUACUUACGCAUACUUCAUGGUUGGUUCCUUGGGUCUAUUAUCUUCUGCUGGUGCAAAGUCCACCGUUGAAACGUUCAUUACUUCUAUGUCUGCUUCUGCAGAUGUGUUGGCUAUGGCGAAGGUUGAAGUCAACUUGGCUGCUAUUCCAGAAGGUAAGAACGUCGUUGUUAAGUGGCAAGGUAAGCCUGUGUUCAUCAGACACAGAACACAAGCUGAAAUUGAUGAAGCUAAUGCCGUCGAUAUUUCUACUUUGAAGGAUCCUCAAGCAGAUGCUGACAGAGUAAAGGAUCCACAAUGGCUGAUCAUGUUGGGUAUCUGCACUCACUUGGGUUGUGUGCCCAUUGGUGAAUCUGGUGAUUUUGGUGGAUGGUUCUGCCCAUGUCAUGGUUCUCACUACGAUAUUUCCGGUAGAAUCAGAAAGGGUCCUGCUCCUUUGAACUUGGAGAUCCCUAAGUAUGACCUCGAACAGGACAAGGUUGUUGUUGGUUAA